UCUCUCUCUCUCUCUCUCUCUCUCUCUCUCUCUCUCUCCCUCUCUCUCCCUCCCUCCCUCCCUCCCUCCCUUGCUCAUUCUCUCUCUCUCUCUCUCUCUCUCUCUCUCUCUCUCUCUCUCUCUCUCUCUCUCUCUCUCUGUUUUUCUCUCCUUUCCUCUGGCUGUCUCCCUCCCCCUUUUAACUGACUUGGCACACAUAAAUGGAUGGGGAUUGAGCAUGGAAGGGGAGGGGGAGUUUGAGAGAGAAAAGGAGCCACAACCCCCCCACCCACCCACCCGAGCAGUGCUGGUGCACACACACCCUCUCCCGCGCGCACACAUUCACAUGCGCACCAUCGCACACCCCAUCCCAUCCCCGUCUUCCUGAGAUCCUCGCUCUCUCCCUCCCCCUCUUCCUUCCCUCCCUCCCUGGCUCCCUCUCUCCCUUUCGCUGCGUCUGCCAGCAACGGUCUGCAGCCGGUCAGAACUCGUCCUCUUCCCCGAGAAUCUGCGAGCUCCCCCUCUUCCUCUGGUCGGGUGGAGGGAGCAGCUCGAAGUUUACACCCUUGUGCCGCUGCCAAAGCCGAAAGCCUUUUCUUCAGCUGCUGCUUUUUUCCUCCUGGUUUUUGUUUUUGUUUUUCCGGGGGUUGGGGGGGUGGGGUAGGGUACGCUGUUGUGGGUGUGCGUGGGGCGGUGGUAGGAGGUUGGUUUUGAUUUUUAAUUUUGCAUAUUUUUUUUGCUCUUUUAUUUUAAACUGCAAGAGGAUGCACAGAGGAAGAAAUUGAAACAAUUUGUUAGCUUUUGUUUACCUGGUGUGUGUAGAAGCUACCUCGCGCUCUCUCUGCUCGCCAUCCUGACCUUUCUUUCUUUCUACUCCUUAAAAAAAUUAAUUUCCCCCUCUGUGCAAUGGAGCGUGGGGGGCGGAGGGGGAAGGGUUUGAGAAUCCACCCAAGCCCGGCCCCUAUUCCCCAGAACACCAAUAAUAACCCCCUUUAAAACAUUUACCUUCCUCCCCUGCUCCUCCUCCUCCCCAAGUCCCACCGCCCUAACUCAUAACUCUGUUGAGCCCAGAAUCUCAGAAUCAGGCGUUGGCUUUGCCGGGUGCUUCAGAUCAAUGGAUGAGUUCCACCCGUUUAUCGAGGCGCUGCUGCCUCACGUCCGAGCCUUCUCCUACACCUGGUUCAACCUGCAGGCGCGGAAGCGCAAGUACUUCAAGAAGCACGAGAAGCGGAUGUCAAAGGACGAGGAGCGCGCAGUGAAGGACGAGCUGCUGGGCGAGAAGCCUGAGAUCAAGCAGAAGUGGGCAUCCCGGCUGUUGGCCAAGCUGCGCAAAGACAUCCGGCCCGAGUUCCGCGAGGACUUUGUGCUAACCAUCACGGGCAAGAAGCCCCCCUGCUGCGUGCUUUCCAACCCCGACCAGAAGGGCAAGAUCCGGCGGAUUGACUGCCUGCGCCAGGCUGACAAGGUGUGGCGGCUGGACCUGGUCAUGGUGAUUUUGUUUAAAGGGAUCCCUUUGGAAAGUACUGAUGGGGAGCGGCUCUACAAGUCGCCCCAGUGCUCGAACCCCGGCCUGUGUGUCCAGCCACAUCACAUUGGAGUCACAAUCAAAGAACUGGACCUUUAUCUGGCUUACUUUGUCCACACUCCGGAAUCCGGACAAUCAGAUAGUUCAAACCAGCAAGGAGAUGCGGACAUCAAACCACUGCCCAACGGGCACUUAAGUUUCCAGGACUGCUUUGUGACGUCUGGGGUCUGGAAUGUGACAGAGCUGGUGAGAGUAUCACAGACUCCAGUUGCGACUGCAUCAGGGCCCAACUUCUCACUGGCGGACCUGGAGAGCCCCAGCUACUACAACAUAAAUCAAGUGACCCUGGGAAGGCGGUCCAUCACCUCCCCUCCUUCCACCAGCAGCACCAAGCGCCCCAAGUCCAUCGACGACAGUGAGAUGGAGAGUCCAGUAGAUGAUGUGUUCUAUCCUGGGACAGGCCGCUCUCCGGCCGCUGGCAGCAGCCAGUCUAGCGGAUGGCCCAAUGACGUGGAUGCAGGCCCUGCUUCUCUAAAGAAGUCAGGAAAGCUGGACUUCUGCAGCGCCCUCUCCUCUCAGGGCAGUUCCCCACGCAUGGCUUUCACCCACCACCCGCUGCCUGUGCUUGCUGGAGUCAGACCAGGGAGCCCCCGGGCCACGGCAUCAGCGCUGCACUUCCCUUCCACGUCCAUCAUCCAGCAGUCGAGCCCGUAUUUCACACACCCAACCAUCCGCUACCACCACCACCAUGGGCAGGACUCGCUGAAGGAGUUUGUGCAGUUUGUGUGCUCUGACGGCUCGGGUCAGGCCACCGGACAGUCCUGGUUCCUCUGAUUAAGAUCAACAAAGAAACAACUAAAUUUAAAAAAGGAAAAAAAAAAAAGAGGUUCCUCAAAAUGGGGGAGAAGAAAUUUUGAGACAUGGAAAUAUCCCCCAGCCCAGCCCCACCGAAAAGCAAAACUUAGACGUCGUCAGCCACUCAGCCCUUCCCUCCUCCAGCCCUGGUACCCCCGCGUUCCAAAGCCGCCCAGUUCUGGGAGUCCUCGGAAAGGGGUCUCAGCGGAGCUGUACACCAGCAGCCAAGCAGAAAGAAGCAUGCUAAGCGGACUCUGCUAAGCAGAGGACAAACAGAAAGAAAGGAUGCAACAAGACUGCCUUCCUCCUACUCAGCCUGGCCUUCCCAGGAAGGAGCAGCCAGCUCACUGGCCGGCCACCCUGGCAGUUCCUGGGGACCCCACCCUCCGCUGGACUUAAGCUUCCCAAGGAGCCCAGAGGAACAGCUCGUAACAAUAGUAGACAUUCGAGCUCCCCUCCGGACUUCGUCUCUUUCCCUCACCCCACCCCCCACUCCCCAACCUCUCUUGCCCUUCCUGGGAGCCUCUGCUCAGGCUUCUGGCCCCAGCUGCUCUGGACCAGGCUAGGGCGUUCCCGGGUAGGUAAGGGAUGCUUCUUAGAGCUAACUGAAUUCAGCCUGAGUCCAGAAUAGAGGGUGUUCUGCCACCCCAUUUUGAACCGCCCGGGCAGUUCUCGGGCUGGACACCCUCUGUACAGCACACAGGAAAGUCAGAAUGCUCUGGACUGGACGCCCAGCCCAGCAUAGGCACCUUCUUCCACGCCCGCAGGACGCAAGGGCUGCUGCCCUCUGCCACGCCCCUAGUGAAGGGAGUCGGCCCCAGGUCGCCCCGCACCCCAGCCCUGCAUGCAGGUGCCCUUGCUCCGCCCCUCUGCCCUGCCCCUGCCCUUGCUGCACACAGCCCUCCAGGGGCCGGCUGAGAGUGGAGCAGAAAGGGCCCCCGGAGCUGAGCGAGGAGGACAAGGCAGCCUCCACCUGCGCUAGGUAGGCGUCCUGCUCUCGAGACUUUGAGUUCCUGUGGAGGGUGGGGGGUGUCAUCCUUUUAAAAGAGUGUUCUGGAGCUUUCUGGUCCCCUUCCCUUCCCACCACGCCCCGUGGCCACUUCUCCCUAGAUUUUAGCUGUAAUGUCUUUCCUCUUUAUUUAGGGGUGGGGCAGUCAUUGUUUGGGUCUUUCGCUGUUUGCAGUUGGGAACUCCUCUGUUUGAGCAACUUGGGAACAAUUUCGUAACACACCACAGGAAGCAGUUCUCCUCCCAGCCCCCUCCUCCAGUAAGGGAUGGCGGAGGCUUGUCCAGAGGGUCUUGAGAAGCCCCCUGGGAGGGAGGGGAACGCGAGCACGCCAGACCCCCUGCAGGGUGACUGGGCCCCUCUGGCUUGUCUUUCUGUGCCUUAGUCCUCCUUCCCUGCAUCUCCCCUCCCAGGCCCGUUCUCAAGGCCAUGCGCCUCUCUCCGGUAUGAAAACACAAAGCACAGGUCAGGAUCUUCCGAAAGUCGGUCCAACAUUGCACCACGUGGGGGUGGGUUGUGGGCUUUAUUUAUUGAGAAUCUAGUUGGUGAGGCUGCGGCCCUGAACAGGAGAAUGGCCGCUAGCAGGGAGCUCGGGGCUGCGAGGCGGCUGUCCCUGCGUUCUGUGUGGAAGUUGAGCGAAGCCCUCCCCUGCGGCGUCGAGGGCCAGGCCGGGGUGGACGUCCAGCGGGGGGAGGCCUCCCUGUGCGAGGGGAGGGAGCCCCAGGGUGGGGGGCCGGGCGGGCCGGGCGUGACGCGCGGUCAAAGUGCAAUGAUUUUUCAGUUCGGUUGGCUAAACAGGGUCAGAGCUAAGAGCUAGCGAAAGAGGGUCCCUGCCCGGCCGCGUGCGCCUCUUCGGUCGGUCGAGGACAGUCGGGCUGUGGGCGCUGUGGGAUUGCGGGGCACACGCCCCGGGCGAGGUCAGAAGCUGCAGGCCAGCUGGGCCGGGGCCCAAGGUGCCCGAGAGAGGUACCCUCGGGAGGACUGGGGUGGGGGUGGUGCUCCUUUCCCAAGUGGUGGUGUGAGGGGCAGGCAGGCAGGGACGAUGAGGGCGACAGAUGUGGGGACGUGUUUAGGAGAGGAAACAACCCACAAAAAAAUAUAGGGGAAAUUAACCUUUUUUUUUUUAUUGAACCAAGUGCAAUGCAUCAGAGAGUUUUCCUAUCUUUGUAUGUUAAGAGAUUAAGAAAAAAAAUUCUAUUUUUGUUGUAAUGUCCUCGCGGCUCUGGGGACGCUAAAAGAACUGGGCCUGCCCUGCCCUUAGCGGGGAUGAAAGCUGAGUGUUUUCCUUUUUUUUGUUUUUUUUUUUGUUUGUUUUCCUUUUUGAUAGUUUUCUGGGUUUUUGUUUGUUGGUUUGGUUGGUUGGUUUUUUUUUUGUUUUUUUUUUUUUGUUUUGCCUUUUUUCCUGCGUUGACGAGGAUAAUCUGGGGUUUAAAUUUGUUUCGUCGUUCGGUUUCGGUGGGAGGGCUGAAGAAAACGUUUAAAAACACCUCGACAUUAAAAAAAAAAAACCAACACAAGAUCAAAAGGAAAAGGACGAGAGAAAAUUAUUUUUAAGAUAAUUAAACAUAAAAACCCUGGUGCUUAUUACAUUAUAAAGUACGUUUUUAAAAACCCACAAACUAUUAUACAUACGUUUAUGAAUCAAUUAAAUACUCUGCACUUGUUAGGAACACGCAUAUCCCUUCUUUGUUGAGUUUAACGGAACGGGACAGCGGCGUGCGCCCCGCGGCUGGGCUGCUCUGGCCGCGGGUCUCCCCAGGCGCUCCCCCCUUCCUCGCCCCCUCCCCCUCCGGGCACUGGGGCGCGGCGGGGGUCCCCGGCCCCCUCCCCCGCAGAGGUCAAUGCCAACGAACAAACGUCCCUUUUCCCUCCCUCCCCACUCCGAGCGCCCUUCUUUGAGCCAGACGCCAACUUGACCCUCACCAGCAUUAAUCAGGAGCGCGCUCAGCAAGUUGGUAGUUUCCUCCCCGACCCCUUCCCACGUAACACCACUAUUCCCCCUCCCUCCGGGAGGUUCGAUGCUCCAGGACAGGUCCAGCCACGCUGACAGGUCGAUUUGCCCAGGCCCGCGCCCGCACGCACGCACGCACAUAGCCCGGCACACACCCCCACCCUACCCCGCAACCAGCCCUGUCGACUGCCUUACACACCCGCCCCCGCGCUGGCCGGCCGACCUAGUGCCUUGUUCUCACCCCCGUGCUGGCGGAGCGGACGCCGCGCUCUGGGUCCCAGAGGGGCCGGGUGGCUCAGACGACCCACCGUUUCCCCCAACCCGACCGUACUGAACGGACCCCCCACGAGAGAAAAAAAAAAGGAGCAAUAAAGUUAUGAGAACUUUGUCCCCCAAUCGAGAGCCCUAGGGGCACCCCAGCCCCACCUCUGCUCCCUCCCACCCCAUCCACCCUCGGGGCGUCCCACUCUGCGCAAGCCAGCUGGGGCCAACCCCUGCUUUGGCCCCUCUUGGGAGAUCCGUGCGCCCCAUCAGCACCAGCAUCGCGGACCGCAAAGGCCGCCCGUCCCGUCAAACAAGUUUCUUCUUAGGCUAAGAAACGCAGUAUAUACGAGUAUCUCUAUAUAUAUAUAGUACUAAUGGAUUUGGUGUGCUUCCCCCUUAGCGUCCCUUCCCUCUGCUCCUCUUUCAGCCUGGUCUCCCUUCUCUGCCCUCCAAUUCCCCUCCCCCGUCUCUGCACUGAGAUACAUAAGAAACAAGGGUAGUUUACUGUCUGUUUUGUUUUCUGGGUUUUCAGUGUCCUAGCGGAAUGCAAGUAGGCAGCCAGCCCGUCUGUCCCCUCUCCGCCCGCCCCGCCCCGCCCCACCCCAGUCACUGCGCUUCUGUUAUACCAUCUUUGCCUGACUCUCUUCGGCUUCUCCAUUGAAUGGCUAAUGUGUAUGUGAAAUAAAGAAAUAAAGAAAAACAAA